AUCUCCAAUCCCUCCCCCUCCACUCCUCCCUCUCUUCUCGUCGAGCCGUUCCGGAGGAGAAAGGGGAGGGGGGUUGGUGGUUUUUUUUGUUUGGCGGCCGGCGGGAAUUUCACCGAAGAUUCGCCGAGGAAGAUGGACCCGCGGACGGCAUUGCCAUUCAUCAAACAGGAGAACGAAGACAGCACGGGCGCCGGGACGUGGCCGGACACGGCGGUGAAGCACGAAGACGACGAUGCCGAUGAAGGACGUGCAAUGGGAGCGUUUUGCACGGACUGCAGGAAGGACUUUGGCGGACGAUUAAGAAUGAAGGCAGAUAGAGUCAAACGACCCGGCCAGUCUCUGCGAGGCUGCCUGCAGUGCGGAAGGAAGCUCGUAGGCAGUGCGUUGCGCAUUAACAAGAAGAAGGAUAAUCCCGCGGAAGAUAAUGUCUGCAAGGGUGCGCCACGAGCGAAGGAUUCCGCAGCCGUGGAUCUUUCGGGAGAGACGGGCACCACCGGCGAGAAGCCCCACGAAUGCAAGGAGUGCGGCAAGGGGUUUUCGCAGCGUUUUCACUUGGAGAGGCACUCCAGAAUGCACACAGGCGAGAAGCCGUACGUGUGCAUGGAGUGUGGGAAAGGGUUCACGCAACGCUCCAACCUGGAGACGCACGCCCGAAUGCACACGGGCGAGAAACCGCACGCGUGCGAGGAGUGCGGGAAGGGGUUUUCGAAGCGCUCCACGUUGGAGAAGCACUCGAAAACGCACACGGGCGAGAAGCCGCACGCGUGCAAGGAGUGUGGCAGGAGGUUCGCGCAGCGUUUCCACCUGGAGAGGCAUUCCGUGAAACACACGGGCGAGAGGCCGCACGUGUGCGUCGAGUGCGGGAAGUCGUUCACGCAGCGCUCCAACCUGGAGACGCAUUUCAGAACGCACACCGGUCAGAAGCCGCACGUGUGCGAGGAGUGUGGGAAGGGCUUUUCGCAUUCUUCCACGCUGAAGAAGCACUCGAGGACGCACACCGGCGAGAAGCCGCACGUGUGCCUCGAGUGCGGCAAGGGCUUCUCGCAGCGCUCCGCUUUAAACACGCACUCGAGGACGCACACCGGCGAGAAGCCGUACAUGUGCGUCGAGUGCGGCAAGAGGUUCACGCAGAGGUGCAAUUUGGAGAUGCACUGCAGGACGCACACGGGCGAGAGGCCGCACAUGUGCACGGAGUGCGGCAAGAGGUUUACAGCGCGCACCGAUUUAACCAAGCACUGUAGAACGCACACGGGUGAGAAGCCGCACAUAUGCAAAGAGUGUGGGAAGGGCUUUUUAAAGCGAUCCACUUUGGAGACGCAUUCGAGAACGCACACCGGCGAGAAGCCGUACAUGUGCAUGGAGUGCGGCAAGAGGUUCACGCAGCGCUACAACUUAGAGAUGCACUCCAGGACGCACACGGGCGAGAAGCCAUACCUGUGCAAAGAGUGCGGCAAGGGGUUUUCGCAGCGGUCCACUUUAGACACACAUUCUAGGACGCACACCGGCGAGAAGCCGUACAUGUGCGUGGAGUGCGGGAAGAGGUUCACGCAGCGCUACAAUUUGGAGAUGCACUCUCGGACGCACACGGGCGAGAAGCCGCACGUGUGCGAGGAGUGCGGCAAGGGCUUCUCGCAGCGCUCGACCUUAGAGACGCAUUCGAGAACGCACACGGGCGAGAAGCCGUACAUGUGCGUGGAGUGCGGGAAGAGGUUCACGCAGCGCUACAAUUUGGAGAUGCAUUCCAGAACGCACACGGGCGAGAAGCCGCACGUGUGCAAGGAGUGCGGCAAGGGCUUCUCGCAGCGCUCCACUUUGGAGAAGCAUUUUAUAACGCACACCGGCGAGAGGCCGUACAUGUGCGUGGACUGCGGGAAGAGGUUCACAACGCGUACUUAUUUAAAUAAACAUUUGGUCAUACACACCGGUGAAAAUCCACCCAUCUGAAUGGUGGACUGUUUGGCAGCAGGCUCAACUGCUGAGUAGCAAUUUUAGAUUCACAUAGUAGAACACACUGGAGAUAUGAAGCCACACACAUGUUGGCAAAAGAGCGCUUGGGCAGAAUUGUUCACGGUACCGUAGUGCGGAGACACUGUUGGAUAGUCGCAGCUGCCCCUUGCCAAGGAUUGUGGGAAGGGGUAUUUAUUCGUAACAAUAUUUAUAAAGAACCAACCUUCGAGCUCGCACUGAGUGGAAACCUUCUAUUGAAGUGUUUCGCUCUUGGGAUGCUUUUAAUCGUUUUUUUUCCCCCGUCAAUAUCACACAUCAGUUGCUCGAAGAUAUAAAAUUAACGGUCGCGGUGAUCCUGUGUAACUAAAACCAAAUUAACAAUAGUAGUUGUAGAAUAUUAAUGGCUUGCCCCUCCCUGUAUAAAACCAUACCGGCCUCCUAGAUCUGCGAUGAGGUGUUUGGAGUGGAUAGUGCCACACGGAUGUGGGGUUGCAAACUGGGGUUGCAAAAGAGAUGAGCUAAAAUGUUUGGACACACUGUUCUGGGAAAAGAUGUCACACUCAAUGCACAAGAGGGGGAAUGUGACGCUCGUACUGACUGACUCCAACAGGCCUGCAUCAAUCACAAUCGCCAUGCUUAUUGACGACGACUGAAAAGAGACCUAGCCCCCUCCUCCUUCCUAUCGUGCAUCAAAUGUAAAUUUCCAGGGAGACGCUUGUGCGAUGAGAGCUGAGAGAAUGGACACGGUUUGUAGAAUCAGACCCUGCCCAUCACAGAGGACGACCAACUGAACUGAACUUUUAAUGCUUGGAGAGACACAGACGCGAAGACACACGGAUGGCGGAGAGGAGGCUAGAGCGGUUUAAAACGUUUUUGUUUAUUUUUUACCAUGUAAAGCCUCGUUGAGCUAUGCAGUUCUUUAUUCAGAAGCGACAUGGCCAAAAAAUUAUUGCUCAACGAAGCGGCUGAUCACGUGGAAAUUUGUAGGAGUAGCAGCCAAAUAAUCCAAACGCACGUUUCUAAACGUGGAGGGGAAAAUCGGAAGACCUGGUGAAAAAUCCACGCGACCACGGGGAGAGAGAGAGAGACAUGCAAAAUCAAAAUAUACAGCAGGUUGGGAUCGAAGCAACGACCUCCUGCAAACCAGGAGUUGGCCUCAUUGGAGAUGCUGACGGGACACAGAAAUAGGUUACAGAAAUUGGAUGCUCACUCUUGCCAGUAGGUGGCAGCAAAAAGCUAAGAGGGGCGCCACUGUGGCGACAUGUUUGUUAUCUCACCCGCCUGUUAUGCAGGUUUAGUCCCAAAGCUGACCAUAUUUUGGGUUUGCGUGUCUCUCUCCCCGUGGUCGCGUAGAUUUGUUUUUAUCCGGGUCCUCCUGGUUUCCCCUCCACAUUUAGAAUCAACAUCACACGUUUCGCUUGUUUUGGUUGCUAUACAUUUCUACAUGAUGACGAUAAGCCACUUCGUUGAGCUAUGAUUUGUGAUAACCAGGUCGCUCCUGAAAAAUAUCUACAUAGCUCAGUGGGCUUUACUUGGAAAAUGGAAUAGUUUCGUUUGUGUUAGAUCACAUUUGAACUACUCCGUGUACUCGUGCGAGAGUAAAAUGGUUGUAACUACAAGUUAUGUAUUUACUUGUGAGAGCAGCAUGACUUGAGAGACUGUAAACCGCAUGGAGGAAGAGGAGAUGUGCGGUCACCGGGGCUUACCGACGGCCACCUAUCGACGGCACUCAUUCAACCUUGAGCAGUUGCUCUGGUCAACGACUUCCGGUGCUCAUCGCUUGCUGUGUGUUCCUCCGCGAGUGCCGACUAUUGCUUUAGUUGCCUGCCCUGUGACUGUAAAGCGUCGUGUUUGAUAGUUGCGAGCGUUACGGAGAACGGCAAUUUUGUUUAAGUGCCAAAAUCGGCCUCCGGUCUUUUUGGGACAGGGUGGUGGUGGUGGUGGCGUGGCAGAAUUUUGAGAUUCUCCCCCCACGACCCUAUCUUUAAAGAUACACUGGAGCCAGUUAUUUGCCCCUUGACAAAGCUCAUUCACCCACAGCAUCUGCUCGACCAACCACUGCCAGCGCGUAUCACUUGCUACUUAUUGAUGCCGGUUACUUGCUGUACGUUCCUCCGCGUGUGCCGACCAUGGCUCGCGCCGCCUCCAUUAAGGCGCCGCUCCUUUACACCCCGUAGAUGGUUUCUCGCAGCGCACUGGACGGACAAUUGAAACGCAAGAUAAUGUUUGAUGCUCGACAACGUUAUUUGGAAGUGAUAUUGGAAUGGAAAGUGAUGAUAUUGGAAUGGCACAUCUUCAAAUCGGCCACGCACCUAUAUGCCUGCCAAGACCACGUGUGGGCACUGGAUCAACCAAUAUUAACUCAAUCGCUUGUUGCGUCACAACUCAAGCGCUGUCCACUAGUACCGAUAGCCCCCUUACGAUUUAAACAAUAUUUGUAUAUAUAUACAGGAUUGCUCCUAUGGGUUAGUGGUAUAUAAAGGGAGAAAGGUACCACUCAUGUAGAUUCUUCGGAUUUUUAGUUCUGCCAGCUCUCGGUGACUUAUUUCUCUGCAAAGAGUUGGUGGUGGUGGUAUCAAAAAAAUAUAUCCGGCAACAAUGCCGAAGAUAGAUCUGCUGCGAGUUGUUUUUUUUACUUAAGGCUAUCUUGUUUGUGUGACUAUAAAGAGUAGUUGUUUGAUAGUUGUGCGCGUCACGGAGAACGCCAACUUUGUUUAAGUGCAAAAAUUGGCCUCUAGUCUCUGGGACAGGGUGGUGGUGGCAUAAUUUUUAGACUCUACCCUUUCCUAAAGAGACACUGGAAGCCGUUAUUUGCUCUUGACUAAAGAUCAAUUAGUUAUUAGUCGUAUACGAUAUUAGUCCUGUAUAUUUUCUGUUUAAUAUCUCUUUAGAAAGUGAUUACUUCUUAUAGUCGUUGCAGUAUUUUUCAUAGAUAACAUUAAAGUGCAUUCCUAAGUUUCUGUAGUAUUGCUAGUGAUACUCUAACCUAUGUGUUGUGUAAUAAAUGUCAUUUUUAUGAAAGUUAGUGCUACUGUGUAGUUUACACGAUUGGUUAUCACCCUUCCGUGAUGCUUCUUCAUUAAAAUCUUAAAAGACA